GAAAGAAAGAAUCAGAAGUGGCCAUCAAAUCAUAUCAGAAUAGAACGAGUCACCAUAUUUUGGUUCCUCCGAACACUAGAUUUGCGUUUAAGACACGUUUCAGACUUAUUAUCCGUGUAAUUUUGCCUCCCUCUUAGCCAGGGCGCUCUUGGAGGGUUCAUAAAUUUGAUUUCAUUCUUCAAACUUGGCAACAGUUUUGAACAGCCCAUUAUUUGUUAAACUGUCGUAAUAUAUUUAGUUCAGUGUGCAUUAAUACACUUUCCAUUAUCUGUUAUCCCAAAAUAAGCAGAGAAUGGAAAUAAGAGAGAAUGGGAAUGGUAGAGUGGAGAAAGUAGAUAUGGAGGUCGAUGUAGCGAUUGCAGGAGGGGGCUUGGCUGGGCUUUCUCUAGCAGUUGGGCUUCAUCAUCGUGGGAUUGACGCCUAUGUUUUUGAGAAGGCUCCUCAUCUCAGAAUGGAUUCUGCAACUGGCGUCAGCCUAGCUGCAAAUGCAAUGAGGGCUCUGGAAGGAGUGAAGCCUGGACUCUCCAAGCAAAUUGAAGAGAUAUUCAUGUCGACUGCUCUAUAUAUUGUGGUAAGGGAUGAAGAUGGAACCGAAACUAGGCAGUUGUUACCCGGAGAGUAUACUAUGGCAGGUUGGAGGUUUUGCCAACAAGUGCUGGCAAAUAAUGUGGACAACUCCAAGGUUUUCUGUAAUCACCGUUUUCUGUCUUAUAAGACAGUACAGGGCGGUGUGGAGGCGCAGUUUCUGGUGAAGGGUGAGAAUGGGGAAGAAUCAGAUUGUAUAAAGGUGUUGCGUGCCAAAUUGUUGGUGGGAGCAGAUGGAUUGUGGUCCAGAGUGCGACACAUCAUGGUCGGGGAUCGUCCUCGUUAUCUCAAUUACCUCAACUGGAAUGCGCUCGUCUACACGCCCAAUGGAAAAGUUUUCAAGUACAACAAAGGGGAAGUGAACAUGAUUCACAGUAGAGACGAACGGGUUUUGGCCUACAUGAGUGAUAUAGGGCGUGGUUAUUGCCUUUGGCUGUUGAGAUGUCUGGACACGGACGGUAAACUGGAGAAAGAUUUUGAGGAGAGGUUCAGCGCGGGGUUGGACAAAAGUGUAUCGAAGCAACGGGCACUAGAUAUUCUCAAGGAAAUGAAUGGGUGGGAUGACUUGAGAGCCGCCAUUGAAGCCACAGAUCACAACUUAAUAUAUGAACGUAGAUCAAUGGACAGAUUGCCCCUCGACAAGUGGACUGAUGAAGGUGGUCAUGUUCUGCUUAUCGGGGAUGCGGCGCAUGGCAUGUAUUCAGCAGCGGGGAUGGGAGCAAGGACAGCCUUCGAAGAUUCGCAUCAGUUAACGGUGGAGUUAGAGAAGGCAUUUAAGACUUCUAACAUAGAGAAGGGCAUUCAAGAUGCCCUUCAUAGGUUUGAAUUCCAGAGAAUCCCUCGGGUUCGUAAGAUUCAAAGAUUUGCUAGCGACAUGACGGAACAGGAAUGCUUUCAGUCGGAGGAAGCGCGCAGGCUCGUACCAGAGCAGAAAGCUGAAAGAUUCAACGAGUUUACCAGGUGGACGUGCCAAUACCCUUUUAACAUGCAAGGCGAUUUUAACUCGACGUGGUGCAAGCCUUAGCAUACUUCUCAGAUGUUAUAAAGUUUCAGUUUCACUCCAUCAUUUUGAUUAUUUCUCCCAUCAUUUCAGACUACAUAGAAGUAGCUAUGAACAAUAUCUACAAGACUUGUAUGCUCCAUUUGUGUUGAUUUUAGUUUCUUCAAAGAUAAAACAUUUAUGGGAGCGUAACAUUGCUAAUAUCUCUUUCACUAAAGACGGUGACAUUUAUACUCCCAGUUGUAUCGCAUGAAGGUUUUCAUCCCAUGCAUUGUUUACCUUCAAUUUGAGAGCGACUUGUAUGGAUUCUGUGACUUCA